AUGGAGCGGGAGUGCAGCAGCGGCAGGAGCAGCAGCAGCAACAGCAGCAGCAGCAGCAGCAGCAGCAGCGUGUGGGAGCCCCGCGUGUGCCUCUCGCCGCUGAAGCGCAUGCAAAUGGACUACGGGAUGAGCUGCGGCUGGGAUGCUGGCAGCAAAAACUUUGUGCUGCCGAAGGCGCAGCGGCGAAUUGUUUUCCACAAACUUGCCAGCAGCAACAAAGAAAAAGAAAAAGAAAAAGAAAAAGAAAGGCAAAAACAAAAAGCCAGCAGCAGACACAAAAGACUCCACGCCAGCGACGACGCCCACAAACCCAUUCCCACCGAAGAGCUGGGUUUGCAGGCGGACGGCAGCAUAGUGCUGCCGGGGCGGGAGUGGAUGUGCAUCGACGCUGGACACUUUUUUAAUAUAACUUCUUUGAUGAAUGACUCGAGGUCCAUUCUGGAAGUGCACUACGAGGGCUUCCCGUACUUGGUGCUAUUCAAAAAGCUCGGCGAAGUGCUGCAGCACAUGCAAGAGGCUUUAGUGAACUGCGGCCCUUUAUUUCGUUUGGGCCAUUUGCAGCCGCUGUGCGAAGCAGCACUGUACGAAGAGGCGGACGCGCAGCCCGCCCGCGGCACCAAGGCCAGUCGAUCCGCCCCGAAACUCCCGCGUUUUCCGUGCUAA